AUGAAACAAGACGAUUUCAUCUUCCCCUCCCACUCCUGCCUGCCCACGGGUUUCCUUCCCUGCCUUGGAACCGCCGCCCUCCAUAUAUAUGAGGCUGCUACAGGCGGCUCCUUCGUUCGCCCCCCCUUUUCUCAAACGCCGUUGGAUAUCUCCCCUUUCCCUUGA